AUGGAGGGACCAAAUCAACAACCGUCGUCCCCGCGGGGGUCGAUCUAUGUCAAGGAUGAAACAGAGAGUGCUGCCACCGUCCUCGGUGACGAGACUCCUCAGAAGAGCAGCCCCUCGCACAGUCAGCACAACGACUGGAGCUUGCUGAGUCGAGUUCAAGAACAACAUGAGCGAGACAUGGCCUCCGGAUUCAAACGCCAGGAACUCGGAGUCACCUGGCAAAACCUCAGUGUCGAUGUCAUCAGCGCAGAGGCCGCCGUCAACGAAAACGUUCUAUCACAGUUCAACAUCCCGCAGCAUAUCAAGGAGUCCCGCAACAAGGCCCCACUACGCACCAUCCUCAACAAGAGCCAUGGCUGUGUCAAGCCUGGUGAGAUGCUCCUGGUUCUAGGUCGCCCUGGCUCUGGUUGCAGCACGCUGCUGAAGAUGCUUUCCAACCGCCGAGGAGGAUUCAAGUCCGUGGAAGGUGACGUUCGAUUCGGCUCGCUCACAUCCGAGGAGGCCAGCAAUUAUCGGGGUCAAAUUGUCAUGAAUACCGAGGAGGAGCUGUUCUUCCCGACCUUGACCGUUGGACAAACCAUGGACUUCGCAACUCGCCUCAAGGUUCCCUUCAGCCUUCCCAACGGCGUCGACUCCGCCGAAGCCUACCAAACCGAAGCGAAGAAGUUUUUGAUGGAAGCAAUGGGAAUUUCUCACACGGAAGACACCAAGGUCGGUAACGAGUAUGUUCGUGGUGUUUCCGGUGGUGAGCGCAAACGUGUUUCGAUCAUCGAGUGUCUCGCUACUCGUGGAUCCGUCUUCUGCUGGGAUAACAGUACCCGUGGUCUCGAUGCAAGUACUGCUCUGGAGUGGACCAAGGCUAUCCGCGCUAUGACCGACACCCUGGGCCUGUCUACCAUCGUCACUCUUUACCAGGCUGGCAACGGUAUCUACGAGCUAUUCGACAAAGUGCUCGUUCUCGAUGAGGGUGAGCAGGUUUACUACGGACCUCGUGACCAGGCCCGGCCGUUCAUGGAGGAAGCUGGCUUCGUUUGUCGCGAGGGUUCCAAUGUCGCCGAUUUCCUCACCGGUGUCACCGUCCCUACCGAACGCCGUAUCCGCGAUGGAUUUGAAAACCGCUUCCCGCGAAACAAGGACGCCCUUCGUCGGGAAUACGAAAAAUCCCCCAUUCACACCGAAAUGCUCUCCGAGUACAGCUAUCCCGACUCUGAUAUUGCCCGCCAGCGCACGCAGGAUUUCAAGGAUGGCGUGACGUUUGAAACCUCCAAGCACCUUCCCAAGGACAGCGCUUUGACCGUGAGCUUCCCUGAACAAGUCAAGGCCUGCGUUACCCGUCAAUACCAGAUCAUCUGGGGUGACAAGGCGACCUUCAUCAUCAAGCAAGUUGCCACCCUGAUGCAAGCCCUCAUUGCUGGUUCCCUCUUCUACAGUGCCCCGGAUAACUCUGGCGGUCUUUUCGUCAAAUCCGGUGCCCUUUUCUUCUCUCUCUUGUACAACAGUCUGCUUGCCAUGUCUGAAGUUACAGACUCCUUUGAGGGUCGCCCUGUUCUGGUCAAGCACAAGAGCUUCGCCAUGUUCCAUCCCGCCGCCUUUUGCAUCGCUCAAAUUACUGCCGAUAUUCCCGUGCUGCUGUUCCAGGUCAGCAUGUUUUCGCUGGUUGUGUACUUUAUGGUCGGCUUGACAACGUCAGCUGGAGCCUUCUUUACCUACUGGAUUUUGGUGUUCGUUACUACUAUGUGUAUGACCGCCCUGUUCCGCGCAAUUGGUGCUCUGUUCUCAACAUUUGAUGGUGCCUCCAAGGUAUCUGGUUUCCUGAUCUCUGCCCUGAUCAUGUACACCGGCUACAUGAUCCAGAAGCCCCAGAUGCACCCUUGGUUCAGUUGGAUCUUCUGGAUUGACCCCUUGGCCUACGGCUUUGAGGCUCUCCUGUCGAACGAGUUCCACAACAAGAUUAUUCCUUGCGUCGGCACCAAUCUCAUUCCCCAAGGUCCCGGCUACACUGACAGCGCGCAUCAGUCUUGUGCCGGUGUUGGUGGUGCCAUCCAGGGUAACACCUAUGUGACUGGUGAUCAGUACCUCAGCUCGCUUUCCUACAGCCAUGCCCACCUCUGGCGCAACUUUGGUAUCAACUUGGCGUGGUGGGUGCUGUUCGUGGUUGUCACGAUCAUCGCUACUUCCAGGUGGAAGGCCCCGGGCGAGAGUGGAAGUUGCUUGGUGAUUCCGCGUGAGCGCCUGGAGCAGCACAACCAGAACGCGCCUGUCGAUGAGGAGUCGCAGGUUCGGGAGAAGUCCAAGAAGCCGUCUGCGGGUGAUGCCCGUGACGAGAGCAACAUCGAUAACCAGUUGGUCCGCAACACCUCCGUGUUCACUUGGAAGAACCUGAGCUACACCGUGAAGACCCCCACCGGCGAUCGCCUGCUGCUUGAUAAUAUCUACGGUUGGGUGAAGCCGGGUAUGCUGGGUGCUCUUAUGGGCUCCUCCGGUGCGGGAAAGACCACUCUGCUUGAUGUGCUGGCUCAGCGCAAGACCGAGGGUACCAUCAAGGGUUCAAUCAUGGUUGACGGUCGUCCUCUGCCUGUCUCCUUCCAACGCUCGGCCGGUUACUGUGAGCAGCUCGAUGUCCUGGAACCUUUUGCUACUGUCCGCGAGUCUCUCGAAUUCUCUGCUCUUCUGCGUCAAGCCCGGGAUGUACCUCGCGAGGAGAAGUUGAAGUAUGUCGACACUAUCAUUGACCUGCUUGAGCUUCAUGACCUUGCCGAUACUUUGAUCGGUCGCAUCGGUGCUGGCUUGAGUGUGGAGCAGCGCAAACGUGUAACCAUCGGCGUUGAGCUCGUUUCCAAGCCCAGUAUCCUGAUUUUCCUUGAUGAACCUACCUCUGGUCUUGAUGGACAGUCCGCCUACAACACUGUUCGUUUCUUGAGAAAGCUGGCCGACGUCGGGCAGGCUGUCCUCGUUACCAUUCACCAGCCCUCCGCCCAGCUGUUCGCCGAAUUUGAUACUCUACUCUUGCUCGCUAAGGGCGGCAAGACAGUUUACUUUGGCGAUAUUGGUGAUAACGGAAACACUGUCAAGAAUUAUUUCGGCCGUUAUGGCGCCCCUUGCCCGAGCAACACCAACCCCGCCGAGCACAUGAUUGAUGUCGUGUCUGGUCAUCUUAGCCAGGGUCGCGAUUGGAACCAAGUCUGGCUCGAGUCGCCUGAGCACCAAAAAGCGACCAAGGAGCUUGACCAGAUCAUCGAUACCGCUGCCGCCAGUCCUCCCGGUACUUUUGACGAUGGACAGGAAUUUGCAACCUCGAUCUGGGAGCAGACAAAAUUGGUGACCACCCGUAUGAGCACAGCCCUGUUCCGUAACACCGACUAUGUCAACAACAAAUUCGCCCUGCACGUCGGCUCCGCGAUUUUCAAUGGAUUUUCCUUCUGGAUGAUCGGCGACAGCAUCGGUGACCUACAGAUGCGCCUUUUCACCAUUUUCAACUUCAUCUUCGUUGCCCCCGGUGUGAUCAACCAAUUGCAGCCGCUCUUCCUGGAACGCCGCGCAAUCUAUGAACAACGAGAGAAGAAAUCCAAGAUGUACUCGUGGUGGGCCUUCGUCACUGCCCUCGUUGUCUCUGAGAUCCCCUACCUCUGCAUCUGCGGUGUCCUCUACUUCGUGUGUUGGUACUGGACGAUCGGCGCCGACCCAUCUUCCAGCAAGUCCGGUGCAACCUUCUUCAUGAUGCUGCUCUACGAGUUCGUGUACACGGGUAUCGGCCAAUUCGUCGCGGCAUACGCGCCCAAUGCCACCUUUGCCGCGCUGGUCAACCCCCUCAUCAUCGGAACACUGGUCUCCUUCUGUGGUGUUCUCGUGCCGUACGCGCAGAUCCAGGAAUUCUGGCGCUACUGGAUCUACUGGCUGAACCCGUUCAACUACUUGAUGGGUGGUCUGCUGGUCUUCAACCUGUGGGAUACCGAGAUCAACUGCAAGGAGAGCGAAUUUGCCAUCUUCGACCCGCCCAAUGGCACCACUUGCAUCAAUUACCUGCAGGACUACAUGGAGACCAUCGGCGCGCGGAUGAACCUGGUCAAUCCCGAUGCGAUCGAGGGUUGCCGUGUGUGUGAAUACACUCAUGGUAGCGACUACUUGUACAACCUUAACCUGAAGGAGUACUACUACGGCUGGCGGGAUAUUGGCAUCGUAGCUAUCUUUGCGAUUAGCUCGUAUGCGUUGGUCUAUCUGCUGAUGAAGCUGCGGACCAAGGCGUCGAAGAAGGCUGAGUAG